AAAGGAAAGGCGGCGGCGAGGCAGGGCAGGAGCGGCGGCCGGCAAGGGCCGGUCCGAGCGGACAGCUCCAGCUCCGGUGCGGGAGGAACGGGAAGGAGCGGGCCGGCCCCGGUGUGCGGCGGCCGAAGCGAGGCUCUCCUGGCCCGCCGUGUGCCUUCGCCAGCCCCGGUGCCGCAGCCCGUCCCUGCGCUCCGUCGCUCCCGGUGCGGGGAUGGAGCUGGCGGGCGGCAGCACCAUCUCGCUGUGGACCGUGGUGGCGGCCGUGCAGGCGCUGGAGCGCAGCGUGGCCGCACACGCGUCCCGCCUCUUCAGCCUGGAACACCGCGCCGGGAACAGCGAGAAGAAGCACCUGGACUGCGAGAAAAUGGUCGGGGAGUUCGGGAACCAGCUGGAGAGUAAGUGCGCGGCGCUGGGCACCCUCAUCCAGGAGUACGGGCGGCUCCAGCGGCGCCUGGAGAACAUGGAGAACCUGCUGAAGAACAGGAAUCUCUGGAUCCUGCGGCUGCCCCCCGGGGUGGAGGGCCCCAAGGCCCCAGCUGUGGCGUUGGAAAACGAUACCCCCAACUUUUCCACUCAGGAGUGGGAAAACCUGGAGGAGUGGCAGAGGGAGCUGUAUGGAAAGGUGCUGACAGGGAAGAGAGAAGCCCUGGUCCUGCUGGACGAUGUCAUCUCCGAACCUGCCCUCCUGUCCCGGCUCCAGGGAGGAGAAGCACCCUGCAGUGAGGAGGAGGCAGCUCCUGGAGAGAUCCCAGCAGCUCCUGGAGAGAUCCCAGCAGAACCAGAGGCUCUGCUGUUUGACCUCAAUGUGAGCAGCUGGGACAGCAGAGAAGCACAGGAAAACCAGGAGGGAAGAGCAGGGCUGGCUGAACCUGGCCAUGCAGACUGCAGCAUUCCAGAGCAGAGCUUUGCUGUCACUGUGAAGCAGGAAGAGGAGGAAGAGCCAUAUGCAAAGGAGCAGGGAGCCGUGGAGGGUGUGGAGUUCCCUGAGCUUGGUCUGGGGCCGGGCGCCGCUGCACUCAAGGCCCAGGCCCCGGCAGAGGGCGGGAACCGGCCGGGGGCCCGGAGCUGCCAGGACCGGGAUGUGAGAGGGAAUCCCACAGAGACCAGCUCCGAAGACAGCAUAAUCCAGAUUAAGCAAGAGGAAGAGUUGUGCUCUGCAGAUCGGAAGGAGGAGGCUGCAGAAGCUCCUGGAGAGCCCUGCCCAGCAGAGCGAGGAUCUUGCGAGCCUGAGGCAUCCAGUCAGACCAGGAAAGGCAGCGAGGUGGAUGCCAGGGAGCUGCCAGGCACAGAGGGUGAGGACCUCCAGAGAGACCCUGCCACAGGAUUUCAGACUUAUGCAAGGAAUGUUUCAUCGUGGAUUAAACAAGAGGAGGAGCCACCCUGCUCUGAACAACAGGACUUGCAGAAAGAGGAAAUCUCUGCAGAUCCAAGUACAGAUGAAAAUUUGAAGAGGGACCAUCCAGCAAAUUCCUUGGAGAGCAAGACCUGUGACUUAGAGGUACCAGGAAGGCUGGGAGAGGUGUUCCCCAAAGAUCCCAGCCAUGGAGUGACAUGGGACAGUCAGUGGAAUUCAGAAAUGAUGGAAACAGCCACCACGGGGAAUGGGAACAGCCUUGGGGGUGAUGUUCAGUACAAUUUCUUUAGUGCUCAGGAAAAGAGGCUCUGUAUGUACAAGUAUGAAAGAAAUUUCCCACAACAGGACCAGCCUCAGCAAGCACUGCAGGGAGAAGGGGACAUGUUUCCAGGCCCCACAUAUGAGAGGAUGUUCCCUCUGCUGCACCCACACCCAGGAGAGACUGGAAUGGGUCUGGGAGAAAAGGGAAUGGGCGCUGGAGCUGCUCCCCCCCACUGUGAGGGGCCAGGGCCCCACUCCGAGUGUGGAGAGACUCCCCCAGGCACAGGCAGGCCCCGUGAGCAGGACAGCCUGGGCACAGAGGAAGCUGCUGAAAACGAGGAGAGCUUCCCCACGGACACAUCGGGAUCCAGCCCCUGCUGGGAGCCACCCCUGGCCCGGGGCAGCCCUGCCCAGCAGCAGAGCCAGGGCAGGGGCAAAUCCUACAUUUGCAGUGACUGUGGGAAAAACUUUGUUUGCCAUUCGUGGCUGGUUAGGCACCAGACAAGUCACACGGGAGAGAGGCCCUACAAGUGCUCCAAGUGUGACAAAACCUACAGGAGGAAGGAUUACCUCCUGAACCACCAGCGCCGGCACACGGGAGAGAGGCUUUUCCAAUGUCCUCUCUGCAGCAAGAGAUUUGUGCUCAAAAGGAGCCUGCUGAAGCAUAAGGAAGGUCACAUGCAGGACACCCACGUGCCACUGGUCAGCUGGCCCUGCAGGAAUAUCAGGGACUCUGUGAUGCAUUCCAUAUAGGACAUCCCCCACACCCCCCUGGUGCAUCCCCCAGGGCAGCACCCCUAGCUCUGUGCCAGACCCUGAUGGCAGGAGGAGGCUGUGGUGCAGCCACCCCUAAGCCCUCCCAGGCAAAGGGAGCUGGCUGGGGGUUAUUUUGUGUAAGACAGCAUUCACCAGUGCCUGUGGAUUUGGGGAGGUGGGGUUUGGAGGUACUGCUGGCUGUGAGUCCAUGUGGGAGAGAAACCACGUUGACAUGGAACAAUUUUUGAUGUGUGUUACAAAGAAGAGUUGUCUGAAUAGAGAGAAAUUAUCCAAA